GAUGUCUAUCGCACCGGAAGAGAAGAUCAGGUCCUUUCUAGCCAUCUUGUGGCGCCGAGCAGCGAGAAGUUCGCACCAAGCCUCGUAGAAUCGGAGGAGAAUCUUGCUGAAGGGGCGCCAUCAUGCCCGGACAUCUACAAGAAGGUUUCGGCUGCGUCGUCACCAAUCGGUUCGACCAGUUAUUUGAUGAUGAAGAGGAUCCGUUUGAGGUGUUAAAACAAGCCGAGACCAAGAAGAAGGACGCGGCCGCCGCUCCGGGGGCCAAGAGCACGGCGCAGGCUGCCAAACAGCCCCGCAAGGACACGCAGAAGGACAGGAAAGUGCCUGUUCCCGAGAAGAAAGAAGACACCACGACGCCCGUUCCUCUGAAGAAGGAAGGCAUGAGGAGGAUGGGCCGGCGGCCGGAGCAGCAGGCUCAGCAGGGCUCUCAGCAGCAACAGCAGCAGGGGGGUCAGGGCGAGGGUCGCCCCCAGGCAGAACGACGCACCGAGAGAAGGCCUCCACGUGAGCGCCGACCAGAUAAACCUGCUGAGGACAAGCCAGCAGAGGGUGGGGAGUUCUCUGUGGAAAAGUCUGCUGGCGAGCGGCCGUUCCGAGGCCGUGGCGGAGGCAGAGGGGGUCGUGGAGGUCGAGGCAGAGGCAUGGGACGCAGCGAUGGAUUUGACUCGCGUGGAAAACGUGAAUUCGACAGGCACAGUGGCAGCGACCGGUCCAGCUUUAAACCAGAAGAAAAGCGAGGAGGUGGAGGACCUCAUAACUGGGGCACCGUCAAAGACGAACUGAGUGAGCUUGACCAAUCAAAUGUCACAGAGGAGACCCCUGAGGGAGAGGAGCACCCACCCGCUGACUCUGAGAACAAGGAGAACGAGGCUGAGGAGGUGAAAGAAGAAGGGCCUAAGGAAAUGACCCUGGACGAAUGGAAAGCCCAGCAGGACAAGGAGAGAGCUAAGGUGGAGUUCAACCUUCGUAAAGCCAAUGACGGAUCUGAAUGGAAGAAAGGAUUCCUGCUGCACAAGUCCAAAGCCAAGGAUGCUCCGUUAGAGGAUGCCGCUGGUGAUCACCACCUCCGUAAGCCUGCCAAUGACAUCACGUCCCAGCUGGAGAUUAACUUCGGAGACCUGGGCCGUCCCGGACGCGGUCGUGGAGGACCUCGUGGAGGAGGAAGAGGAGGAGGAGCCCGUGGGGGUGGCGGACCUACCAGACCACCUCGUGAGCGCAGGCCUGAUAAGGUGAGCGGAGGAUCAGUUCCCAAUGUGGAUGAUCCAGAGGCUUUUCCAGCUCUGGCUUAAGCGCCCUGAUUGGUAGCUCUGAUCAGCCUGCCACUGAGCCCUGCUUCGCCGGGCCCUUCGCUACGAGGCUUGCAUGCUAAUGGAUCCUUCAGCAGAUGAAAUGAUGGAAGACUGUUAUCCAUCCCACCCACCUCUUGUGGGACUGAAUUUUACUUGUUUUAGAAAAAAGGAGAAAAUCUUUAAAAAAUAAAAAAAAAAAAAUGAAAGGACUUCUUGCUACUCAGAAGCAAAUUAUCGGUAGAGGUUUUGUAUUAAGAAAUAAAUUAGCAGGGAUGUUUUCAUACAGUGUUUUUUGUUUUUGUUGUUUUUCAGACAUUAUGCAUUCUCUAUGAAUACCUUUUUUUUGUACUGCUGCUUUACAUAUGCAUUUUUAAAUACAUGUUUGAAAAGUGUUAGGUUGUGAUGCUCUUUGGCUUGCUUUGUUUUUAAGCCUUAGAUGCACUGCUAGGAAUCACUUCACAGCUUAUGCACCGAAAUCCUCAGUGAAGUAAACAUUUGAUUUGUACCUCAAGGCCAAACUCUUUGUGUCUACAAUCGCUACGAUAAUCUGAGUUUUAUUUUUCUUCCCCCUGAGUUUGGCUGUUGAUCCAGUAUCUUUUCAUUUUUAGUGGCUUUGGUUGCUCUGAGGAUGACUAUGAGGAUAAUAGAUACAUUCACUUAUAACAGCUUUUCUAGGUUUUUCAAGUCAAGAUUACUUUCUGUGCUCCUGUUUGCCCGAACCUGCAUAAAACAACAGUUGUAAUUAUUCCAACAAAGCAGUUUUGAAUUCAUUAAUAGGUUUUCUUUGUGCCCCUUUGCUUUUUACAACAGCACUAAUUUUUGCAUUUUUGUUCUGAGAGAAAUACCAGCUGUUCCGUGUGUAACAGAGUGCUAUGAAAACUGUGUGAAUUCUAACCCUGCUAUUAUUCAGACCUCUGUCCAUAAUUAAAAGGUGGUCUAUUCA